AUGCCCUCCAAACCCUCCAAGAAACCACCAGUGCCCUCAGAACCCUCUGAGAAGACACCAGCGCCCUCAGGACCCUCUGAGGAGCCACCAGUGCCCUUGAAACCCACCAAGAAACCACCAAUGCCCUCAAAACCCCCCAAGAAACCACCAGUGUCCUCAAAACCCCCUAAGAAACCCCCAGGGUCCUCAAAACCCCCCAAGAAACCACUAAUGCCCUCCAAACCCUCCAAGAAACCACCAAUGCCCUCAGAAGCCUUUGAGAAGACACCAGUGCCCUCAGGACCAUCUGAGGAGCCACCAGUGCCCUCAGAACACUCCAAGGAGCCACCAGUGCCCCCAAGACCCUCUGAGGAGCCACCAGUGCCUUCAAAACCCUCCAGGAAACCACCAGUGCCCUCAAAACCCCUAAAGAAGCCACCAGUGCCCUCAGAACCAUCUAAGAAGCCACCAGAGUCCUCAGAACCCUCUGAGAUGUCUCCAGUGCCCUCAGAACCCUUUGAGAGGCCACCAAAACCACCAGUGUCCUCAAAACCAUCUAAGAAGCCACCAGUGCCCUCAGAAGCCUUUGAGAAGCCACCAGCGCCCUCAGGACCCUCUGAGGAGCCGCCAGUGCCCUCCUUGGAGGCUCAGCCCGAGUCUGCCCAGGCUGAGGACAUCCCCUUGGAGGUCCAUCCCCAACCCAUCCAGACUGGACAGUCCUGCCCACCCAGUGAGGAGACGGAGAUGGUGUCCAUCAUCAUCAUCAUCAUCAUCACCAUCAUCAUCAUCAUCGUCAUCCUCCACCAUCCAUCAUUGUGCUCCUCCACCAUCCAACAUCAUCUCCAUCAACAG